AUGAGUAGCCCAAAGCGCAGAAUCGAGACAGAUGAUGUACGACUAACAACCCCCCUACCCUUUCCGCCGCUUUUCCCAACCUCUUUGGUUGGCCUUCGGCAUGUACAUUUGCAAGAAUUCUAUGUUCGAUUCAAGGGCCCGGAAGAGACUCCUUUCACCGGAGGCCUCUGGAAAAUCCACGUCGAGUUGCCUGACCAGUACCCCUACAAAAGCCCAAGCAUCGGAUUUGUCAACAGAAUCUUCCACCCAAAUAUUGAUGAGCUGUCCGGCUCGGUCUGCCUCGAUGUGAUCAAUCAAACCUGGUCGCCAAUGUACGACAUGCUCAAUAUCUUCGAGGUCUUCCUUCCCCAGCUCCUCCGUUACCCCAACCCUUCGGAUCCUCUCAACGGGGAAGCAGCAGCGCUGAUGAUGCGGGAGCCCAAAGCAUACGAAGCAAAGGUCAAAGAAUACGUUGCCAAAUACGCUAGCAAGGAGGCCGUGGACGAAGCAGGCGAAGACACCGAGUCUGAAGACGAGCUCAGCUCCGCAGGAAGUUACGAAUCGGGCGGCGAAGAGCCCGCGGGUACGAUGGACGAUGUCUGA